CUCCGUUGUGUUUAUUAGUUAAUGCACUUGCUUAAUCUUGUCACUGUAUAAGUGUAUUCGCUGUACAAUGGAAUGCAGCACCGACGAGUUGAGCGGCUCUGGCAGCGGCAGCCUCAUCGGCCGUUGCCCAUAUCGCACCGUUCGUGCCAAAGGAGUAGGCGGAGUCCAGCAGCUUCCAAUGAAGAAGGCUGGCACCAAACAGCGUCUGACCAGACAGAAGCGCGAUAAGUCCAUGACUCUGGCUGCCGCUCGUAGUGCCCCAACAUCCCCAGUGAAGAUGACUCCAGUGCCCAAGUGGGAUGGGUCAUGCGUCGGAUCACUGCCGGCCCGAUCCCGCCGUCUCCUUUGCCUCUCGCGUGUCUCUCUCUCUCCGAGAGCGGGUCACUUCUCCUCUCGGGGCCCUUGGCCUCUUCGCCGCAUCCGGAUAUCCGUGGGUAUCUGGACUGACCUUCGCUUUAUCCGGCCAGCCAUCAGCCUUUAUCCGACCUUCCCACCGCCUUUAUCCGGCUGUGCUUUGGUCGCACUCGGCCUGUGGGAACCGCGGUUCCUCACAGCCUUCCGCCGCCUUCAUUCAAGCUUUACCGAUCAUUUCUAGCGAUGCCCCGCUGUUCUUCUGCUGCAAGGUAAUACCAUGUUCUUUUUUAAACA